AUGGCUGAUGUAGUGAUGUUGUAUUCAGAUGUUUCGUUGGUGGACUUGCAUGGGCUACCAAUGAUGAUUACCAAAGCUUUCAGUGCUUUUGGAGAUGUCGUUGAAUCUAAAAUCAUCAAUGACCGUGAGACUGGAAGAUCCAGGGGUUUUGGCGGUGGCUUCCGCAGCGGUGGCGGAGGUAGAUAUGGAAGUGGUGGUGGCAGCGGAGGUGGCUACGGUCAACGUUCUGAAGGUGGUGGUGGAUACGGAAGUCGUCGUGAAUGA